AUGUCAUUGAGACUCAUCCCAGAAAACAAACAAGCUUCUUCCAUACAAAGUACCCAAUACGGAGUGGCAGCACAACACGCUCCAGGGUUACCAGAUGUAUUAAGAUCGGGUGAAGGUCCAUCCAACUUGGCCUCAAAGAUCAACAAUCGUCAUCCUCUUGAAGCUAGAAUUCAAAACUGGGAAGAAACACAACUUGAAACAAAAUUUGAAUCAUAUAGAAGAAUAUUUGGUGCUGGUGAACCAAUUAAAAGAACUAUGGAAUUAGAAUUGGUUGAAGCAACCGACUUUAAGCCACAGGUUUUAGGUGGUCUGGACUCUCUUCAUCGUGAUAUCUUGCUUAACAAGGAUACCAGCAUAGAAUGGGAAGAUGUCUACAAGGGGGGUUUAGAAGGUGGUAACAGUAAUGUCCAAGAUUUCCACUCCGAUAUGGAAAGAAAAAUGAAUAUUUAG